AUUAACGUUAUCAUCUUGAUUCUAAUUGAACAUUUCCUAUGAGUCAUCCCAUUCCCCGCUUGAAAGUUUAUUUACUUCUUGGCUAGAAAAACUCAUCUUGAAACGAUUCUAAAUGCGUAUAAUAAUGUAAUAGUGUCAGUGAUUUGAUAACUAUGUACAUAGUAUAUUAUAUCUAAUAUAUACACCACCACUCAGGUAUAGAUGGGAUAAAUACUUUGAACAUGGCAGCCAUUUUUUGUGCUAUCACUUGUGUACUGAUUUCUGUUGUAUCUUGCGAUCUUCUAUGUACGAAGGAAAUCAGUGUAGGCAUACAAAAUGAAACUUUAAAUUCGGUGACACUAUCACUGACAGUGUCAGUAGAAGUCAACAUGACAAAGUGGACUGCGAGGGCGUGUAAAUAUGGAAAUUCAAGCAAUCAGAACUGUAAAGAAAUAUCUACUACUCCACAUGACAAUACGACUACUCUUAAAGGUCUUGACAGUAACACAACGUAUCAAUUAAUAAUAACUUUAACAACAGUGGAUACAACAUUGCAUAGCUGCCCACAUCCGUUCACAACUCAAACUUCGCCGAAGAAAAGAAAAAACAAUACAAAAAAUCCCCAAAAGUUGGACCCAAACGAUUCUGAUAGACUUCAAGCUUUCGAUGAGACAUUAAUAAAUAUUAACAUUAAUAAAACGACCUUCACUUUGUCAACUGCCGAUCUUGAGGGGACAACUGAAGCGCAUCUAACAGCCAACUCGCAGACUUCAUUUACAGAUCAAACAACUACACUGUUCCAGUCAUCCCCAACAACCAAUUCAAAUUUCGAUCAAGUUCUAGAAACAACUGAUGCGUCAACCACCAGAGCAAGCGUUUUAAAUAGCACUGUCAAGGCCGUUGCUAGAGAUGACACGAAACAAAGCACCAUGGGACACGGUUUGGUUUGGUGGAUAGCUGUGGUCGGUGGGGCCGGACUUGCAGUCAUUAUCCUACUCUCUUCUUUGACCUUCUUGUUCUAUCGACCAUGGCGGAAAAAUAAGAUGGUUCAACUACGGCGACAUCCUCCAAAGAAAACGAACGAAAACUUAUACGGCAAAAUGAAAACGUCUGCCAGGACGUCCAACAGUUUGAAGAGAAUCCGCAAAAAGAACAGCUGCUACAGCAAAGUUCUGGACAAAGAAACAGGAGGAGAAGAUGACCAGUACCAGAGAACUCAGAGUAUCUUCAGUUGGGGAACAGAGUUUGAUGCAUUUGACCCAAUAUCUGAACGAGACACUGUGUCCACCAAGGGAGGCUACGCCAAUACUACGCUGUUGUUCAGCCAAGCGAACGUGCAGGCUCUCACUAAUACUACUUCGUCUGAGUCUGACCUGGGAACCGGGUGCAGCCCAAACUGUAGCUCUGAUGAACUGCUGGGCAAAUAUAUUAAUGCUAACACGAUUGUUUAAACAUUAUGAAAUCUUUGUUUAACUAAAUCUGUCAAAAUGAGCUCAGAGGAUCAGACAGAGUCAAUUAUAAGUGUACAAAAUUUAAUUAGCUUAAUUAUUGGUAACUAAUCCUACUCUUUGUUUCAACGUAUAGUCUUAGAUGAUUUUGUUGCUUAAUUGUAGCAUGAUUGCUUUACAAUAAAGGUUACUCUAAUAACGUCAGCCAACCUUUUACAUAUGAUAUUCUUUGACAGAGAUAGCGUGUGGGCCUAUGUAAUAACAAAUUCCCAGAGUUUAAACAAGAAAUAGCCUUGGUCUUGAAGUCUUUGAUCUAAUGCCAGGGCACAACCUACAGACCAUUGUAAUGUACUGACCGUAGCUGCACCCUAGCCCGAGAGUCAUGUGAUAUGCGUGUUUUUACAAUAUUUAUAUGACCAUAUAGCCUACAUUCUAACAUUCAACAAAAUCUGUACUAAUUUUUUUUAUUAAUUUUAUAAGAAAAAUGAAAAGGAAUUCGUAGUACAUUAAAAUUACUUUGAAACUAUUUUUUUUAAAUUGACAAUAAGAUGUUUGUGAGGAGAAAGAAGUUUAUCACUACUUUGAAAUAAGUAGCCUAUUUAUUUGUUGUUUAUUGUUAACAUCUGUUAAGUUAUUGUUUGACGCUAUCUGGAAUCUAUCAUCCGUGCAGGUCAGAACAGCGUCGUCAGCUAGAAAUUCAAGCUCGUGUAGUGUUUCGAAGGGUAACUUGUGAGAUGUCGUUCCAGGCUGUUCCCAAGCACAUUGUCAAAUCAUCACUAGAGUUUAUGUCACGUCGAUAAUUCUGAAGGUCUGUUAAGAACAAGCUACAAAUCAAAGCACGCAUUUUAUUUGUGAUCUCAUUUGACCAGGGGCGUAGCUUGGGUGGGGUAGGGAGUCCAAAUUCGAAAGUUUUCCCGGCCCCUUCUUGAGGGGCCCCAAAAUAAAUUUUCUAUUUUUUUUUUACUUUUAAUACUAAAUAUAACGCCGUUGCCAUGUAAUCUUGCUAUACACAUGGAGUCAAAACUAUGAACAGCACGCCGUGAGGCGCUAUGAAUGACAUUUGUCACGUGUUUGUCACGUAUUUGUCACGUAUUUGUCACGUGUGCAUUAUCACACCAAUAAACAACGUUAUUUUUUCCACUAAAAA